AAUCCAAUUUGGGCCGUUUAACUGCACUUUGCUAUCCGCGCUGCUGGCCGGAGCUCGGGCACUUUAAUCUGGCUAAUGACCCGGCUUUGGGGUUGAGUAACUGCCGACCAUUUGCUUGAUUUGCUUUUCCUUUCUGGCAGGGCAAGAGGCUGAGCUGGAGCUGGGCCUCCAUGCAGGGUUGACCAGACCGGCAGUGCCCAUGAUGCCCUGAAUGCUGAGCACAGCAGAAGCAGAGGAGACUGUGUCCCGUUAGCUCCUCGUCCUUCCUCCUCACCCCUUUAGUUUGGAUUUGUUUCUAUUUAUUUUGUGGCUGGGUUUGGGCAUGGCCUUGGCCGGAUGUGACACUGCCGCGAUGCGGCUCCUUUGGCUCAAGCACCACUUGUCUGUCAACAUUUGGACCCUGCUGCUCUUGGGAAGCACCUGGCUACCGCUGGCGGAAGGCAGCCCCAAAUCUCCCUUUAGGACUUUCUCGGUGACAGACUGGAGCUUGACGCACCUGGUGGUCCAUAACAAAACCGGGGAGGUCUACGUGGGGGCCGUCAAUCGGAUCUACAAGCUCUCCAAUAACCUCACGCUCCUGCGGACGCACGUGACGGGGCCAGUGGAGGACAAUGAGAAGUGUUACCCUCCGCCCAGCGUUCAGUCCUGCCCGCACGGUCUGGUCACCACCAACAACGUGAACAAGCUGCUGCUGGUGGACUAUUCGGGGAACCGGCUGAUCGCCUGCGGCAGUGCCUCGCAGGGUAUCUGCCAGUUCCUGCGGCUGGAUGACCUCUUCAAGUUGGGUGAGCCCCACCACCGCAAGGAGCACUACCUCUCCAGUGUCAAUGAGUCGGGGACCAUGUCUGGGGUCAUCAUUGAGGUGCUAAAUGGGCAGAACAAGCUCUUCAUCGGGACGCCCAUCGAUGGCAAGUCGGAGUACUUCCCCACGCUCUCCAGCCGCAAGCUGAUGGCCAAUGAGGAGAAUGCGGAGAUGUUUGGCUUUGUCUACCAGGACGAGUUUGUCUCGUCCCAGCUUAAGAUCCCCUCAGACACGCUCUCCAAGUUCCCCACCUUUGACAUCUACUACAUCUACAGCUUCAGCAGUGAGCAGUUUGUGUACUACCUGACCUUGCAGCUGGACACCCAGCUCACCUCACCCGAUUCCACUGGUGAGCAGUUUUUCACCUCCAAGAUCGUCCGCCUCUGCGUGGAUGACCCCAAGUUCUACUCCUACGUGGAGUUCCCCAUCGGCUGUGUGCAGGAUGGCAUUGAGUACCGCCUGAUCCAGGACGCUUACCUGACCAAGCCCGGCAAGGCUUUGGCCAAGUACCUGGGCAUCUCAGAGCAGGAGGAUAUCCUCUUCACCAUCUUCUCCCAGGGCCAGAAAAACAGAGUUAAGCCUCCCAAGGAGUCUGUGCUCUGCCUCUUCACGUUGAAGAAGAUCAAGGAUAAGAUCAAGGAACGUAUUCAGUCAUGCUACAGAGGGGAAGGGAAACUCUCGUUGCCCUGGCUCUUGAAUAAGGAGCUGGGCUGCAUCAACUCGCCGCUGCAGAUCGAUGACAACUUCUGUGGCCAGGAUUUUAACCAGCCACUUGGUGGAACCGUCACGAUCGAGGGGACCCCACUUUUUGUGGAUAAAGAGGAUGGGAUGACCUCGGUGGCUGCCUAUGACUACAGAGGACAAACUGUUGUGUUUGCGGGCACACGGAGUGGGAAGAUCAAAAAGAUCCUGGUGGACUUGCCGGCUGACAGGAAGCACCAAACGCUGCAGUAUGAGAACGUGGUGGCCCAUGAAGGCAGCUCCAUCCUGCGGGACCUGGUGCUGAGCCCUGACCGCCAGCACCUCUACGCCAUGACUGAGAAGCAGGUGACGCGGGUGCCGGUAGAGAGCUGUGAGCAAUACGAGAGCUGUGAGCUGUGCCUGGGCUCCCGGGACCCCCACUGUGGCUGGUGUGUCCUCCACAAUGUAUGCUCACGCAAGGACCGCUGCGAACGCGCAGAUGAGCCCCAGCGUUUUGCCUCCGAGCUGCGGCAGUGCGUGCAGCUCACCGUGCAGCCCAGGAACAUCUCAGUCACCAUGUCUGAGGUCCCGCUGGUCCUGCAGGCCUGGAACGUCCCCGACCUCUCGGCGGGAGUCAACUGCUCCUUUGAAGACUUCACUGAGUCCGAGAGCCGCAUUGAAGAUGGGAAGAUCUACUGCAGCUCUCCAUCUGCCAGGGACGUCAUUCCCAUCACCAGGGGCCGUGGAGAUAAGCGGGUGGUGAAACUCUACCUGAAAUCUAAGGAGACUGGGAAAAAGUUCGCCUCUGUGGAUUUUGUUUUCUAUAACUGCAGCGUCCAUCAAUCCUGCCUGUCCUGUGUGAACGGCUCCUUCCCCUGCCACUGGUGCAAGUACCGCCACAUCUGCACCCACAACGCCGCCGACUGCUCCUUCCUGGAGGGACGGGUCAAGCUCUCUGAGGACUGCCCACAGAUCCUGCCCUCCACCCAGAUCUACAUCCCAGUGGGUGUGGUGAAGCCCAUCACCCUGACAGCCAAGAAUCUGCCGCAGCCACAGUCCGGCCAGCGCAACUAUGAGUGCAUCUUUCACAUCCCUGGCAGCACCACCCGUGUCACAGCUCUGCGCUUCAACAGCACCAGCAUCCAGUGUCAGAACACCUCGUACUUCUACGAGGGGAACGACAUCAGCGAUCUGCCGGUCAACUUAUCAGUGGUUUGGAACGGAAACUUUGUCAUCGAUAACCCCCAGAACAUCCAGGCCCACCUGUACAAGUGCUCAGCCCUGCGGGAGAGCUGUGGGCUGUGCCUGAAGGCCGACCCACGCUUCGAAUGUGGCUGGUGCGUGUCGGAGAAGCGCUGCACUCUGCGGCAGCACUGCCUGGCCUAUGAGAGCAGCUGGAUGCAUGCCAGCAGUGGUAACAGCCGCUGCACCGACCCCAAGAUCACCAAGCUGUCACCUGAGACCGGCCCUAGGCAAGGAGGGACACGUCUGACCAUCACAGGGGAGAACCUGGGCCUCAAGUUUGAAGACGUGCGCUGGGGUGUUCGAGUGGGCAAAGUGAUGUGCAUCCCCAUCGAGAGCGAGUACAUCAGCGCUGAGCAGAUCGUGUGUGAAAUUGGAGAUGCCAGCCCAAGCAAGGUCCACGAUGCGCGGGUUGAAGUGUGCAUCCGGGACUGCUCCCCCAACUACCGGGCCACCUCGCCCAAGAGCUUCACCUUCGUGACGCCCACUUUCUCCCGAGUGACCCCUGCCCGCGGCCCUCUCUCCGGUGGCACCUGGAUUGCCAUUGAAGGAAGCCACCUGAAUGCUGGUAGCAACGUCACCGUCACCAUCGGGGGACGGCCCUGUGCCUUUUCGGGGAGAAGUGCCCGUGAGAUCCGCUGCAGGACCCCCCCUGGCCAUGCUCCUGGUGGUUCCCCCAUCCUCAUCAACAUCAACCGGGCAGAGCUGAGCAACCCGGAGGUGAAGUACAACUACACAGAGGACCCUACUAUCCAAAAGAUUGAUCCUGAAUGGAGCAUCAACAGUGGUGGGACACUGUUGACUGUGACUGGCACCAACCUGGCCACCAUCAAAGAGCCCAAGAUCCGAGCCAAGUACUGCAGCUCUGAAAGGGAGAAUAACUGCACUGUGUACAAUGACACCACCAUGGUGUGCUAUGCACCCUCCAUUGACAACCCUGAGCGGAGCCCUCCUGAGGUCGGUGACCGGCCGGACGAGAUCGGGUUCAUCAUGGAUAACGUCCAGGCCUUGCUGAUCAUCAACACCACCAACUUUGUAUACUACCCAGACCCCGUCUUUGAGCCGCUCAGCCCCACGGGGAUGCUGGAGUUGAAGCCCAGCUCUCCCCUCAUCCUCAAGGGCAGGAACCUGCUCCCUCCAGCUGCAGGGAACUCCCGCCUGAACUACACAGUGCUGAUUGGGGACACUCCCUGCACUCUGACCGUGUCUGAGACCCAACUGCUCUGUGAGUCUCCUAACCUCACUGGCCAGCACAAAGUCACGAUUAAGGCUGGAGGGUUUGAGUUCUCCCCGGGCACGCUGCAGAUCUACUCGGACAGCCUGCUCACCCUGCCUGCCAUUAUUGGGAUUGGCGGCGGCGGCGGCUUGCUGCUGCUCAUCAUCAUCAUUGUCCUCAUCGCCUACAAGCGCAAGUCCCGCGAUGCUGACCGCACCCUGAAACGCCUCCAGCUGCAGAUGGACAACCUGGAGUCCCGGGUGGCCCUGGAGUGCAAAGAGGCCUUUGCUGAGCUGCAGACGGACAUUAAUGAACUGACUAACGACCUGGAUGGGGCCGGCAUCCCUUUCCUGGAUUACCGCACUUACGCCAUGCGGGUUCUGUUCCCCGGGAUAGAAGAUCACCCGGUGCUGAAGGAGAUGGAGGUCCAGGCAAAUGUGGAGAAGUCCCUGACCCUCUUUGGGCAGCUCCUGAACAAGAAGCACUUCCUGCUGACCUUCAUCCGCACGCUGGAGGCUCAGCGGAGCUUUUCCAUGCGAGACCGUGGCAAUGUGGCCUCACUCAUCAUGACAGCACUGCAGGGUGAGAUGGAAUAUGCCACGGGUGUUCUGAAGCAGCUUCUCUCCGACCUCAUUGAGAAGAAUCUGGAGAGUAAGAACCAUCCCAAGCUGCUCCUGCGGAGAACAGAGUCAGUCGCAGAGAAGAUGCUGACAAAUUGGUUCACGUUUCUGCUGUACAAGUUUCUGAAGGAAUGUGCUGGGGAGCCACUCUUCAUGCUGUACUGUGCCAUCAAGCAGCAGAUGGAGAAGGGACCCAUUGAUGCCAUCACAGGAGAGGCUCGCUACUCCCUCAGUGAAGACAAGCUUAUCCGGCAGCAGAUUGACUACAAAAUGCUGACCCUCAACUGUGUGAACCCUGAGAACGAGAAUGCGCCAGAGAUUCCUGUCAAGGUGCUGAACUGUGACACCAUCACACAGGUGAAAGAGAAGCUGCUGGAUGCUGUCUACAAAGGAGUGCCCUAUUCCCAGCGUCCCAAAGCUGGAGACAUGGACCUUGACCUUGCUCCUCUGCUCUGCUUGGCUUUGUCCUCCAAGCUGCCUGCUAACCAUGAGCCCUUCUCCCUCACUGGGACAGAGUGGCGGCAGGGCAGGAUGGCCCGGAUCAUACUGCAGGAUGAAGAUGUCACCACAAAGAUUGACAAUGACUGGAAGAGGCUAAACACCCUGGCCCACUACCAGGUGACGGAUGGCUCCUCAGUAGCCCUGGUGCCCAAGCAGAACUCAGCGUACAACAUCUCCAACUCCUCAACCUUCACCAAGUCCCUCAGCAGAUAUGAGAGCAUGCUGCGGACAGCCAGCAGCCCCGACAGCCUGCGCUCACGCACCCCCAUGAUCACCCCAGACCUGGAGAGUGGCACCAAGCUUUGGCACCUGGUAAAAAACCACGACCACAUGGACCAGCGGGAGGGCGACCGGGGCAGCAAGAUGGUCUCUGAGAUCUACCUGACCCGCUUGCUAGCCACCAAGGGCACUCUGCAGAAAUUUGUGGAUGAUCUGUUUGAGACUAUCUUCAGCACAGCACAUCGUGGGAGCGCACUGCCCCUCGCCAUCAAAUACAUGUUUGAUUUCCUGGAUGAGCAAGCUGAUAAGCACCAGAUCAAUGACUAUGAUGUCAGGCACACCUGGAAGAGUAACUGUCUACCUCUGCGUUUUUGGGUGAAUGUGAUUAAGAACCCCCAGUUUGUGUUCGACAUUCACAAGAACAGUAUUACUGAUGCCUGCCUAUCCGUGGUGGCUCAGACAUUCAUGGACUCCUGCUCAACUUCUGAGCACAAAUUAGGAAAAGACUCUCCCUCCAACAAACUACUGUAUGCCAAGGACAUCCCCAACUACAAGAGCUGGGUAGAAAGAUAUUAUGCAGAUAUUGCUAAAAUGCCAGCAAUUAGUGACCAGGACAUGAGCGCCUACCUGGCAGAGCAGUCACGGUUACACCUCAGCCAGUUCAACAGCAUGAGUGCGCUGCACGAGAUCUACUCCUACAUCACCAAGUAUAAGGACGAGAUUUUAGCCGCGUUAGAGAAGGACGAGCAGGCCAGGAGGCAGCGGCUGAGGAGUAAGCUGGAGCAGGCAAUUGACACAAUGGCCUUAAGCAGCUGAAGAGGCGGCACGGUGCCAGCUUCCCAAGCAGCGACGCGGCGGGAGGAGGCAGGCAGGACACUUCGGGGCCGGGGCUGGACGUGCCCGCGGGUGCCUCCGCACACUUCCCACAAAUGAACAAGGAAAACCUCGCGUGCGAGCGGAAAACAAAAUCCCGACGACAGCAGCAACACGGAUAAACCCCUCUACGCACACCCCGAUGCAACCGGGACACAGCAGAGACCUUGCAAAGGGGCCAAGCGGGGCGGUGGAGGAGGGAGAGCCGCGUGCCCCAUGGACCCGCUGGGACCCCCCGGGCCAGGCAGAGCCCCUGAGCCCACUGGAAAGGAGGGUUGGGACCGUGGGGCUUUUUAGGACGGCAUUUGGAUGUUGUUACUUUGGUGGAGGGAGGGGGGGGUGGGCUCCUGUUUGUACUGUACUUGACUUGCUCUCCCCUCCUUGCCCCCCCAGCUGUCUGCCCCCUCUCCUCCUCCCUCUGUUUUCUUUUUCUGUCUCUUUCCCCCCUUCUCUCUCUCUCUGGCCUUCUGCCACUAGUGUUAACUGCUAUAUUUGCACAAUUUACACGAGACAAAAUUUUUAAUUUAAAGAAAAAAAAAAUAAAAAGUAUAACAAAGAAUGGGAGGGGAAAAAAAAAAAAAAAAAAAAAGAGGAUUCUAAAUUUUGCAACUAACUCAUGAAAAACGGUUUUAAAAAAUAAGCUAAAGGACUGAUGCUGGGGAGAUUUGGUGGUGGGGGCAGCAGGGGUGGGCAGGAAAGGGAGAAAUCCCUGAGCUUUGAUAUUUCUGAAAAUACGUCCUGUGCCAUGUUUUAUUUGAAUGUUGUUUAGUGCAAAAAAAAAAAAAAAAAAAAAAAAAAAAAAAAAAAAAGGAAAAAAAAAAAGAAAAAAAGAUCAAAACAACAAAAAAAGUGGGAGUUUUGUUAGCUGAGUAGAUGCUCUUAUUUAAAUGCUGCUUGAGUGGUUCUGGAGGCUGUGAGUUGGCUGAGGGAAGUCAGAGAGGAGGGUCGGUAUUCCUUUCCCUGGGGGAUGGCUGGGGGAUGCGUUUAGGGUUCAUCCUUGCAGAGGGGAGGAUGGCAAUGACAGGGGACCUGGAGAGCCAGCCUGGUACUUUGGCUUUUACCCACUGCCUUCCUGCUGGCCACCCACAGCACCAGUCAGUUGGUUUCAGGUUCGGCUCCUUGGAGGGAGAAGGCAGGGACAGGAUUGACAUUAUGACUGCAUGAUUGAAAACUUUUCUUUUUGCUGUUUUAUUUUUGUUUACGGGGGGGUGGGGAGGGGCAGGAUUCCUGCCAUCUUAUUGUGCUGACGUAGGGAUCCCACGGUUGGAUCGUUACCUUUUCCCCCUUGCUUCGUGCUAUGCUUGUGGCUGGAGCUGGGCACCAGCCCACGGAGGGACCGAACUGGGACUGUCCUCUGCUCCCCUGCCCCGGGCAGCCCAGGCUUGUGCAGGGAUUCCCACUCCACAUCUACUUUCCUCUCUCUCUUUUCCUUCUUUCUCCCCCUUUCUCUCCUUGCUGUCACCCCAUCUCCCCUCCACUCCAUCUGCCCUUCCCACAGUUGUGCCUGCUGGCAUUUCACGGGGAGACCCCCUUCCAAACGUCAGAUCUGCACGGUUUUCUACUUUCCUGAACAACAACAACAACAAAAGGUGCCGAAUGCUGCCCGGAGUUGCAGCAGGUGACCAAAACUUUCAAAAAACUGAGCAAAUACAUUUCCUUUUCUGUCCCAAGAGCUCCUGCUGCUCCCUGGGCUGAGCAGAGGGGAUCGUGCUCUGCCAGAAGUGGUGACAGCAGAAGUCCAAGUGGACAGGAGCCCUCUGGUUUCUGCCCAUUCCCAUAAACUGCAAGUUAGGGGGGGGGGGGGAGAGGGAGAAAUAAUGAAGUUUUUAAUUAAAAAAAAAAAAAAAUAAAAGUGUGUAUAUAUAUAUAUGUGGUUACAAUCUAAUUCUCGUGCCCCAGUGGGGUGCUGUAUAGUUAACUGAAGGAGAAUCAAACCGAUAUAAAUAUGAAAUAAAUUUACACAGCCAGAUUAAACAAACAAAAAAAAAGGAUACCAAAUGGUCUGGAAGAAAUUUCCAAGCAUUUCUCACCAUGCAGAACAAUCGUUUCAAGCCUGCACAUCUCUCAUUAUGUUGUGAUUUUGUUUGGUUUGGUUUUGUUUUAAUAAAGAGGAGAAAGAGAAGAUGCUGAUUGAAAAAAAGAAAAUGAGAACAACAAAAAAAAAACCAACUGCCACAACAGAAGUGUUCUAAAAAGAAGUAAUAAUCGUUUCCCAAACCUGGGAACCCCAAGCUGGUAUCUGAGAGCUGUGGGCUGUUGCAUGACUGUGCUAGAUUUUAGUCUGAGUUGAUCUUUUUAAGAAACAGAAAAAAAAAACAAAAGCAUAAAAAGACUGCAAGUGUUGAAUCCUAGAGGUUUGUUUAAGCCUUUUAUCUAUUUGAUUUUAUUUUUAUUUGAAAUUAAUUUGUCACUUUCUUGUCCAGAAGAAAGAAAAAAAAAAAAGCAAAAAGACUUCAGUAAUUGACGUUGUGGUACUCGGAGAGCCUUAAAGGGCAGCUGUGCGCCAGGAGCCUCGGUGGGACAGAGCCCUCGUGGGGUCCCCAAAUGGCACGGCUCAUGGGGCCAGCAUUGGUGGGAGCUGCAGCCGUGCCACAGUUGGGUUUGGUGCAGGUGUGGUGUGAGGUCGGCCCGAGGUUCUGGCAUCCCUGCGGCAGCCCCUCCGAUCCUGUGGUCCCACUGCGGCGGUAAGAGCGUCUGAGGAAUCUUUGGUGGCUUUUGGUGGAGCUGAGCACGUGGGAUUUUGGUGGUGGUUUGGAGAUGGUGGUACCCUCGCUGUUGCUGGUUAGAGAGGAUGGAGGUUUUUGUCUGAGCCUUCUGAAAUUUUCGGGAAGUGCUGGCAAAAUCAGAGGCUCACCAGGCUGCUGCAGUGCUGCAGCACAUCCUUGGCUAUGUUGGUAGCCGUGUUGGAUGGCUCUCAUGGCCCUGGUGGUCCUGGGGGGUGGUCAGCAUGGAAGUCUCCAGAGGGCUGUGCUAGGCAGGGUAGUAGUGUCACAGUGUUGCUGGGCUCUCACAACUCCUCUUGGCUUCUUCUGCCUCCACUGCCAGGCUCAACCUGUCCUGUGUUCCCCAUCCCAUGCAAUGAGGAGAGUCCAGUGUGGUCCUGGGGACGGGCUGAUGUCUUCCUCCUGAGGGGGCUUUGGGGCUUUGCUCCACUCAAGGAUCCCUCUGGGGUCCCCUUGCUGCUGGUCCCGAGUGCCUCCAUGGCAGAUGGUUGCGUAUGGGGGACGUGUUGCAGUGCAGCCUGCAGCCCCUGCUGCUCCUUGGUGCUACCUUUGCCUUUCACCUGAUGCCCAGUGUCCUUAAUCCUGCAGGCAGCCUGUUACCCCUGCCUGGGGGAGAGGCUGGGAGGCAUCACAGGAUGUCCCAUAUCAGUGACACUACACGUGCCCCCAUCUUGCGUUUUGGGGAUGGAGCAUGGAGGAGGCCAAACUCCACCAGCUGCCAGCAGGCCCCUGCCUACCCCUGCUGCCUUUUCAGUGGGAGGCUCCCAAAAACACAGCCUGGCCUGGAAGUGCCCCCAGGCCCCUUAUCCCCAUCCUGUGCCUCAGGGUGGGGAGCAGGGGGUGACCCCCAGGCUCAUCCUGCCCCCAAAGAGCACCAUGAGCUGUCCUUUAAGAAAGCAGGGGUGGGGACUAAUGCAAAGCUGGUGAAAAGCAGAGAGUUUUAAUAGUUUUAAAAAAUUAAAUGGGGAGGAAAUAAAUAAAUAAAUGAGAAUCCAGAGUCCUUGAUUAACUUUCUGUGAUGAUGAUUUCAGACUUGAAGCAACAGGCUGGCGUGGCUGGCCGCACACCCUUUGAUCGUGUAAAUAUCCUGCUAUUUCCUAUUUUAAUGUUCUUCAGAUUUAGUACUUGUAAAUAAACACACGCAUCAAGGAGAGAUUAAACAUUUUUGCUAA